AUGCUUGGUAGAACGAUACGCACUUCGCUCGAUCUGCUCAGACCACCAACUGCAUUUCACAAAACAGAUCACUCCAAGCAGGACGACCAGUACAACCGCAAGCAUGGAAGUAAAGAAAUCAGGUACAAUUCUAAGGACCUGGUUUGGGCCAAGGUUUUCAAGAACAACAGUUGGAGCUGGGAAGCUGGUCAGAUUCUCGAACGCAUUGGGAACGUGAUCUACAACGUUUGGUUGGAGCAUAAGAAGACGCAAAUUCGAUCGCACUGUAACCAACUCCGUAAGCGAUGUGAGUCGGAUGAAGCCGAAACAGCUGAUGAGAGGCAGCCUACGCAAGUCCCACUCGACAUUCUACUAGAGUCAUGGGGCCUGGAUCGAAGUUCAGCAGACGAAACUGAAUCGAUCGUCCAAUCGAAUCCGUAUGCGCCUCCCGGAAACAAGCCAGUGCAACCAGAGGGACUGCCCCCGAACUCUAAUCCUCGCCCUAACCGGAAACAGAAACUGCAACGUCAACCAUCAGUAACUCGCCAAUCCUCGCGCAGCCGGAGGCGUCCCGUGAGAUAUGACCCGUACCAUCUGUACUACUAA